GAAGGAAAAUUGCUUAUUUUCUUCUCCAAAUCUAGCGGGAACAAAGAUAAGGCGUUACUGUAAGUAAGUGCCGAAUUUCUUGGCGAAAUACCGUUUUAUCUCUGCGUUUUAUGGGCAGAUUGAUAUGUUGUUCGAAGUUGACUUCGCGGCCGCUAUGAUGCGAAAAUCGCAUUUUAAAAAGUACUUCUUUCGGUUGAGAAAUUAGAAUAUAUUUUUUAGCCAUCGAUAUUGUGUAGCUUUAAAUUUUAGGCUUUACGGUGGUAGCAUUACAACGUACUUAAAAUUUUGGUUUUGGUUUUUGUACUUUAGGUGUUUUCAAGCUCAAUAGUUGUUUUUAUUUCGAAUCAUGAACUAAAAGAUUACCUAAGUUUAAGGGGGUUAAGUGUAUCUGGUAAAAAAAAGAAAGAGCCCUCUAGUGUAAAUCCAGAAGAUCUUUACCAAAAAUUUCCUCCAGAAAAGGCUUGCAGAGGAUGAAUGAACUAUGAAAAGAUUACCUGGGAAAGUUCUCUUUUAUUUUUAAGGGACUCGGAUUUAAGCUUUGUAUCUGGUGUAUUUUAAGUGUAUUUUAAAGUGCAAAGUUACACCAUCCCAACGAGUCAGAGAUGAGCCACGGGAGGUGUGGGUAGCCAUUGAUACAAAUCAGGGGGGUGUCCUGUCUGCAUGGUGUAGCUGUACAGCAGGCUACUCCCAAAGUUGCAAUCAUGUUAUGGCACUUUUGUACAAAGUGGAGCAUGCAGUUUCUAUGGGCUUCACUAAUCCUUCAUGUACAUCUGUACCAUGCAGAUGGAAUGAUGGAAUAAGAAAAUCAGAGACUUAAAAAUAAGAACUUUCACACAACAAGACAAAGUUGAAAGGAGGGAAAUCAACUCAGAUUUAAAGAAAACUUUUGAUCCUCGCAGAGAGUGUGAACGAGCUGCCACUGAAGAAAGCAAAAAUAGAUUUCUUGAAAAAUGGAAAAAAAUUACUGAUAAGUCAGUGAUUUUUAAGGCUGUUGAAGUGGAAGAAGAAAGUCAUGAUGCACAAGACUUACCUCUUCCACUGAACCAAGUUGCAGAGAAAUUUGCCUCAGAACAUAAGGGGGAAGGGGAAGUAACCAUUGUGACAGGGUUUCUUGAGUCACUUCACUUGAGCCAGAAUCAGUGUGAUUCAAUUGAAAAGGCCACUAGGGCUCAAAGCCAAUGUACAGAAUGGGUGGAGCAGAGGAAAGGAAGGAUAACUGCCUCAAAAUUUCAUGAGGUUCAUACCAAAGUGAAAACACUUUUAGCUGGACGCAAAAAGGUGGUCAAGACCAAACCCCUUAUUGCCAGGAUUGUUCAUCACCAGUCCCUAAAUAAUGUUCCAGCUGUGCAAUGGGGGCGAGCACAUGAGAAGGAGGCAUUAGAUGCUUUUGUAACAACAGAGGGACCUAAGCAUACCAACAUGCAGAUUUUUGAGGGUGGCUUAUUUGUAAAAAGGGAUCUCCCUUACAUUGGGGCAAGUCCUGAUGCUAUUGGCACCUGUGAUUGCUGUGGAACAUUUGUUGUUGAAUGCAAAUGUCCACACAGCAUUAAAGGUGAAAGGGUUCUUGAUGCCUGGAAUCGAACUGAGUUUUUACAGAUGGAUAGUGGUAAAGUAUGUCUGAAAAAAGGACAUAAGUACUACACCCAAUUACAAGGGGAAAUUGUCCUAUCAAAUUGCUUUAAGGGGUAUUUUGUUGUGUGGACACAAGUAGGUGACCCUUUAGUGGAAGAAGUUCAGCGAGAUGAGGUUUUUUAUCAAACAGUUGAGCAGAAUUUAGUUUUCUUUUACAAAGGCUAUGUUGUUAAGGUUUUGCUGGGCUUGGUAGGUAUCUUUUACUGUCCAAAAUGUGAAUGCCUGUGCUUGGAACCUGAUGAAAUUGAGAAGUAUGGUGGAAAUAGUGUAUGCUGUGAUCAGUGUGCACUGUGGUAUCACUGGGAAUGUGAAGACCUCACUAUUGAACUAGAAGAACUUCACUGGCUAUGCUCCUCUUGCAAACAGCUUUACUUAAUCGAAUAA